UACGGGAAUCUGUAAAUGCUUAGCGAAUUGUCAACAUGGCCGGAAAAAGGUUAUGAAAUACAAGCACUAAAAAAUUGUUAAUAACUUUAAAAAAUGGCCUCUCAACUCCUUCAUGUGACAAGAACACUAUCAAAAUUGACUUUAAAUACAAAAUGUCGAGUUACUAACACUUUAAUUAAGUUAGAACGCGAAUUACCCAAGCAGCCCCUCUUCAAUCAUGCUUCUCGAAACACGAAUUUUUUUAACAAAAUGCCAGCUGAAGACCUUUGGAAAGGAAUCACGACUGUAAGUAAUGCCGGUAAAAAACGAGGUCGUGGUAAAACCGUCUCAAAGAAAAACAUUAAGGAUUUGAAUAGGGGCCAAAUCAUUGGAGUAGGAAAGGCCAAUAUGUUGUGGCCAGGCCUCACAGCCCCCGUAAUCCGGGGAAAGGAAAUAGUAGAGCAACAACAACUCCCUGAAGACCCAGAACGCCAAGCUAGACUCAACCAGUUGCGGGACCAAAUGGGGACACACCGUCACGCCAAACUGAGCCCCAUUGAAAGGGGCUGGUCUGGGGCGAAAAUGCCGGGACGGAGCAUUGGACCCCCAGAUCCAGUUGGGGAAGACCAUUUUGACGGUUUCGAUACUAAAGUCCUAGAAUUGAAAACCGUGUUCAACAUGAAGGGAAACUUCGGCCGCAAACGCCGCGUGUCUGCAACCGUUAUCACCGGUAACAAGAACGGUUUGGUUGGCUUCGCCAACGGCAAGGGUGUCGAACCUCGAACAGCAAUGCGCAAAGCUAAAAACCGCUCAGCACAGAAACUAAUGCACAUAAAAAUAUUCCGAAACCACACCGUCUACCACGACUUUUUCACCCAAUUUGCGGCCACUAAAAUUUACGUCUGGCAGAAACCCGAAGGCUACGGUUUGGAGUGCCACAGGGCUAUCAAAACAAUCUGCGAAGUUGUGGGGAUCAAAGAUCUGCACGCGAAAGUUGAGGGGUCCACAAACGUGACUUAUGUAAUGAAAGCGUUCCUUUUGGGUCUAGUUAGACAAAAAACGCACCAGGAAAUCGCCGAGGAAAAGAAACUCCAUCUGGUGGAGUUCACCAAGGAGACUGGGUGUUUUCCCACUGUGCUAGCUUCGCCGGCGCAGUGUAGAAAAGAGGAUCAGCUCGGGAAAGACGAAAUUUUAGAUUUUACGCAAUAUUGUUUUGAUGGGAAAGUUAUCCUAAAGAAGAAGAAAUAUCCCCCGUUCUAUACCAAGCUGAAGUCUUACGAGACUUAUUUGAAGAAGCAGGAAAAGUUGAGGAAUAAGGAUAAGGUCAAGCUCGAUUUGAUUGCGCAAUAUGGCGAAAUUAGGAGCUUUCUGACGGAGAAGUACCCCGAGUGCAGGCCGUUCAGGCGUGCAAAGAAGGAAGAAGAGCAGGAAGCGGAAGCGUAGUGUAAAUAAACUAGCGAAGUUACAAAUAUUUGUUAAUACUACUUGAAUAAUAAAAAAUACAAGGAAAAAACUGUUUUA